AAUAAAUAAAUAAAUAAAGUAGUGGUUAAAAACUGGAACCUUGGAGGCGCUCUACUUGGGUUAGAUCCCCACCCCAGCACUUUCUUCCUGUGUGACCUCCAGCCUGUGACUCCUUUGUUCAACUUCUCAUCUGUAAAAUAAGAAUGCUGAUAGUUCCUCCUUAGAGGGUCGCUGUGAGGGUUAGAAGAGAGAAUUCAUAUGCAGUGCUUAGGACAGCCCCUUGUGCAGUGAGCAUUCCGGUUGUGGUUGUUAUUAUUAGCCAGCCAAAGCUGUUCGGUUGUGCUUCCAAAGCUGGCUGGAAGAGUCCAGCGACUGCGUUUAAUCAUUAAGCUGCAUUGCCUCUGCGAGCUAGCGCCUCCUCUGCACGGGCCAAGGAGCCCGCCUUUGGAUUGUACGGUUCUGAAUGAAGCAUCCAGGCGCAAGCUCAGGGCAGGAGAUGGUGUAGGCACAAGUCCAGCCCUGGCUCGGUCAGUGAACAGGUGGCUGUGCCUGAAUCCGAGGUAACAGGCGAGCCGCCUUUGUUACCUUUGAGCUUUCUCUCAAGUCCAUUCAGACUCCUCAGACCACGUGUCUGAUGAGUAAGGAGGCCUUUUCUUUCCCUCCCCCAGAGGGACUGUUGGCAAAACAGCUUUCUUUGGGAAUGCGCCUGUUCACGACGGACCAGCCAUCUCCUGGGGAACUCCGGUGGCUGGCGUGUUCCUGCGGCUGUUGAAUAAGUCGCUGUUAGGAGCUGGCACGGCAGGUUCCCGUUUCCGCAUUCCAGACACCCACAGCGGGCUGGGGGCGGGCACCACCGAGGUCGGCCUGGAGAGCCCAGGCAGGUGGCCUCGCCCUGGGAGGACCCGGGACAGGAGGAGCCCACCUGGGGCUCCCCUGACAGCCACCUGCCCACUUUGUGAUGAGAGCCGUGUUCGGGGAGUCUUUCAGAUGCACAGUCUCUGAUGUUGGCUCUCCUGGGACCAUCUAAGAGUUGUAGUGUCUAGAAAGUACUAACGCAUGGCGGGGACAACUUCCUCGCCACCUCCGGCUGGCCAGCGCCCGCAACUGCUGCCUGCUCAGUGGUGCUGAGCCACUUGGUCUGGAGCCCCCAGGACAGCACCUGCCUCCUGAGGUUGUCCUGGCUCAGCUGUGCACAGCGAUGGUGGAGAACUGGACUCCACAGGCUCACAACCUUCCUGUCAGGUUUCAGGGCCCAGCAUCCUUCAUCCUGGGCCUGGCGGCCCUGAACAAUGGCUGAGGGGUGGGGAACCCUAUAGAGUGACACCACAGCGUACCGGGCCAGCAGCACUCCAGUGCCCGUGGACUAUGACCACCUAUCGGGCCAUCCCCAGCGAUGGUGUGGACCUGGCAGCCAGCUGUGGGGCCAGGGUGGGCGAUGUCCUCCCUGGGCCACACACAGGGGACUAUGCUCCCUUGGGAUUCUGGGCCCAGAAUGGCAGCAUGUCCCAGCCUCUUGGCGACAGCCCGGUCACCGCCACCGCCACCACCCGCCCCAGCCCCACCACCCCCGCAAUGCCCAAGAUGGGUGUACGCGCAAGGGUGGCCGACUGGCCGCCCAAGCGGGAGGCCCUGAGAGAGCAGAGCAACCCAAGCCCCUCACAGGACACAGAUGGCACAAAGGCCACCAAGAUGGCCCAUUCCAUGAGGAGCAUACAGAACGGACAACCCCCCACCAGCACCCCAGCUUCCUCAGGGUCCAAAGCCUUCCACCGACUCUCCAGGAGAAGGUCCAAAGACGUGGAGUUCCAGGACGGGUGGCCCCGGUCCCCCGGCAGGGCCUUCCUCCCCCUUCGGCACCGCAGCAGCAGUGAGAUAACCCUCAGCGAGUGUGACGCGGAGGACGUGGGGGAGCCGCGCGGGGUCCGGCACACGGGGGCGCUGCCCCUCUUCCGCGAGUAUGGGAGCACCUCGUCCAUCGAUGUGCAGGGCAUGCCCGAGCAGAGCUUCUUCGACAUCCUCAACGAGUUCCGCAGCGAGCAGCCCGACGCCCGGGGCUGCCAGGCCCUCACCGAGCUCCUCCGGGCAGAUCCUGGCCCGCACCUCAUGGGGGGCGGAGGCGGAGCCGGAGCCAAGGAGGACUGCCACAACGGGCAGCCCGCCAAGGACAGCCUCCUGCCGCUGCAGCCCGCGAAGGAGAAGGAGAAGACCCGGAAGAAACCUGCGCGGGGCCUCAGCGGCGGGGACUCAGUGGACUCGUCCAUCUUUCGGAAGCUAAGGAGCAGCAAACCCGAGGGGGAGGCUGGGCGGUCCCCGGGGGAGGCCGACGAGGGCCGUAGCCCCCCGGAAGCCAGCAGGCCGUGGGUGUGUCAGAAGAGCUUCGCCCACUUCGACGUGCAGAGCAUGCUGUUCGAUCUCAACGAGGCGGCCGCCAACAGGGUGUCGGUGUCGCAGCGGCGGAACACCACCACGGGCGCCUCGGCCGCCUCCGCCGCCUCGGCCAUGGCCUCCCUCACGGCCUCGCGGGCCCACAGCCUCGGAGGCCUGGACCCGGCCUUCACCAGCACAGAGGACCUAAACUGCAAGGAGAACUUGGAGCAGGACCUCGGCGAUGACAACAGCAACGACCUGCUGCUCAGCUGCCCGCACUUCCGCAACGAGAUUGGGGGCGAGUGUGAGCGCAACGUGAGCUUCUCCCGGGCUUCCGUGGGUUCCCCGAGCAGCGGCGAGGGCCACCUGGCAGAGCCCGCCCUGAGCGCCUACCGCACCAACGCCAGCAUCUCGGUGCUGGAAGUGCCCAAGGAGCAGCAGAGGACGCAGAGUCGGCCCCGGCAGUACAGCAUCGAGCAUGUGGACCUGGGCGCCCGCUACUACCAGGAUUACUUCGUGGGCAAAGAACAUGCCAAUUACUUCGGCGUGGAUGAGAAACUGGGGCCAGUGGCUGUGAGCAUUAAGCGGGAGAAGCUGGAAGACCACAAGGAACAUGGACCUCAGUACCAGUACAGGAUCAUCUUCCGGACCCGCGAGCUCAUCACCCUGCGGGGCUCCAUCCUGGAAGAUGCCACGCCCACAGCCACCAAGCAUGGGACCGGGCGGGGCUUGCCCUUGAAGGAUGCUCUGGAGUACGUCAUCCCCGAGCUGAACAUCCACUGCCUGCGGCUGGCCCUCAACACCCCCAAGGUGACGGAGCAACUGCUGAAGCUCGAUGAGCAAGGGCUCUGCCGGAAGCACAAGGUGGGCAUCCUCUAUUGCAAGGCUGGCCAGAGCUCCGAGGAGGAGAUGUACAACAACGAGGAGGCUGGCCCCGCCUUCGAGGAGUUCCUCUCCCUCAUCGGCGAGAAGGUCUGCCUGAAGGGCUUCACCAAGUACGCUGCCCAGCUGGACGUCAAGACCGACUCCACGGGAACCCACUCCCUCUACACGACGUACCAGGACUACGAGAUCAUGUUCCACGUCUCCACCCUGCUCCCUUACACCCCCAACAACAGGCAGCAGCUGCUGCGGAAGAGGCACAUAGGGAACGACAUCGUGACGAUCAUCUUCCAGGAGCCUGGCGCGCUACCGUUCACCCCCAAGAACAUCCGCUCCCACUUCCAGCACGUCUUCAUCAUUGUCCGAGUCCACAACCCCUGCACUGAUAACGUCUGCUACAGUAUGGCUGUGACCCGAUCCAAAGACGCUCCUCCUUUCGGCCCCCCCAUUCCCAGUGGAACCACAUUCCGCAAAUCCGACGUCUUCAGAGACUUCUUGCUGGCCAAGGUGAUUAACGCUGAGAAUGCCGCGCACAAGUCCGACAAGUUCCACACCAUGGCCACCAGGACCCGCCAGGAGUAUCUCAAGGACCUGGCCGAAAACUGUGUCUCCAACACCCCCAUCGACUCCACCGGCAAAUUCAACCUCAUCUCCCUGACCUCCAAGAAGAAGGAAAAGACAAAAGCACGGGCCGGCGCUGAGCAGCACAGCGCAGGGGCCAUUGCCUGGAGGGUGGCAGCCCAGGACUACGCCCAGGGGGUGGAAAUCGACUGCAUUUUGGGAAUUUCCAAUGAGUUUGUGGUGCUCCUGGACCUACGCACCAAGGAGGUGGUGUUCAACUGCUACUGCGGGGAUGUCAUUGGCUGGACUCCAGACUCCUCCACACUCAAAAUAUUCUAUGGACGUGGGGACCACAUCUUCCUACAGGCGACAGAGGGCUCUGUGGAGGACAUAAGGGAGAUCGUACAGAGAUUGAAGGUGAUGACCAAUGGCUGGGAGACGGUGGACAUGACGCUGCGGCGGAACGGGCUCGGGCAGCUGGGCUUCCACGUGAAGUACGACGGCACAGUGGCCGAGGUCGAGGACUACGGGUUCGCCUGGCAGGCUGGCCUCCGGCAGGGCAGCCGACUGGUGGAGAUCUGCAAGGUGGCCGUGGUCACAUUGACCCACGACCAGAUGAUCGACCUGCUGCGCACCUCUGUCACCGUGAAGGUGGUCAUCAUCCCGCCUUUCGAGGACGGCACACCCCGGAGGGGUUGGCCGGAGACCUAUGACAUGAAUACCUCGGAGCCCAAGACGGAGCAGGAAAGCAUCACUCCUGGGGGCCGGCCCCCAUACCGCAGCAAUGCUCCCUGGCAGUGGAGCGGGCCCGCAUCCCAUAACUCUCUACCAGCCUCCAAGUGGGCCACUCCAACCACCCCCGGCCAUGCCCAGUCCCUGAGCCGGCCCCCGAAGCAGACCCCCAUAGUCCCCUUCCGGGAGUCCCAGCCACUGCACAGCAAGAGGCCUGUCAGCUUCCCAGAAACCCCUUACACAGUAUCACCAGCAGGGGCCGACAGAGUCCCUCCCUACCGACAGCCUUCUGGGAGCUUCUCCACCCCCGGCUCGGCCACCUACGUGAGAUACAAGCCAUCCCCAGAAAGGUACACGGCUGCCCCACACCCCCUGCUAUCUCUUGAUCCCCACUUCAGCCACGAUGGGACGUCCAGCGGCGACUCCUCUUCCGGCGGCCUGACAAGCCAGGAGAGCACCAUGGAACGCCAGAAGCCAGAGCCUUUGUGGCAUGUGCCCGCCCAGGCCAGGCUCUCAGCCAUAGCCGGAAGCAGCGGGAACAAGCACCCGUCCAGGCAGGAUGCAGCAGGCAAAGAUUCCCCCAACAGGCAUUCCAAAGGAGAACCUCAGUACUCAAGUCAUUCCAGCAGCAACACCCUCUCCAGCAACGCAUCCAGCAGCCACAGUGACGACCGCUGGUUCGACCCCCUGGACCCCCUGGAGCCGGAGCAAGACCCCCUCUCAAAGGGUGGCUCCAGCGACAGUGGCAUCGACACCACCCUCUACACCUCCAGCCCCAGCUGCAUGUCCCUGGCCAAGGCUCCACGGCCCGCCAAGCCACACAAGCCCCCUGGAAGUAUGGGCCUUUGUGGCGGGGGUCGCGAGGCCGCCGGGAGGUCCCACCACACAGACAGGCGGCGGGAGGUCUCCCCUGCCCCCACAGUUGCUGGCCAAAGCAAGGGCUACCGACCGAAGCUGUACUCCUCCGGCUCCAGCACCCCCACGGGACUGGCAGGGGGCAGCCGAGACCCACCGAGGCAGCCCAGUGACAUGGGCUCGAGGGUUGGCUACCCCACUCAGGUUUACAAAACUGCCAGUGCAGAGACUCCUCGGCCCUCCCAGCUGGCCCAGCCCAGCCCCUUCCAGCUCUCCGCCUCCGUCCCCAAGUCCUUCUUCUCCAAGCAGCCUGUGCGCAAUAAGCACCCAACAGGGUGGAAGAGAACGGAGGAACCCCCACCACGGCCACUCCCCUUCAGUGACCCAAAGAAGCAGGUGGACACGAACACCAAAAACGUCUUUGGACAACCGAGGUUGAGAGCAUCCCUCCGAGACCUCCGGUCGCCACGUAAGAACUACAAAUCCACCAUCGAGGAUGACCUGAAGAAACUCAUCAUCAUGGACAACCUGGGGCCAGAGCAGGAGAGAGACGCAGGACAGUCACCGCAGAAGGGCCUGCAGCGGACGCUGUCAGACGAGAGCCUGUGCAGCGGGCGCCGGGAGCCCAGCUUUGCCAGCCCCGCCGGCCUAGAGCCAGGGCUCCCCAGCGACGUGCUCUUCACCAGCACCUGCGCCUUCCCGUCCAGCACGCUGCCUGCACGCCGCCAGCACCAGCACCCCCACCCACCCGGCGGCCCCGGCGCCACCCCUGCCACUGGCAGCGGCUUCCCCGAGAAGAAAUCCACCAUCUCAGCCUCGGAGCUCUCGCUGGCUGAUGGGCGGGACCGCCCCCUGCGGCGCCUGGACCCUGGGAUGAUGCCCCUGCCUGACACGGCUGCUGGCCUCGAGUGGUCCAGCCUGGUGAAUGCAGCUAAGGCAUACGAAGUGCAAAGAGCCGUCUCACUCUUCUCUCUGAACGACCCGGCCCUGAGCCCGGACAUCCCACCUGCACACAGUCCUGUCCACAGCCACCUGAGCCUGGAGAGGGGACCCCCGACCCCCAGGACCACCCCUACCAUGAGUGAGGAGCCGCCCCUGGAUCUGACAGGCAAGGUGUACCAGCUGGAGGUGAUGCUGAAACAGUUGCACACUGACCUGCAGAAGGAGAAGCAGGACAAGGUGGUGCUCCAAUCAGAGGUGGCCAGCCUGCGGCAGAACAACCAGCGGCUGCAGGAGGAGUCGCAGGCCGCCAGCGAGCAGCUGCGCAAGUUUGCAGAGAUCUUCUGCCGGGAGAAGAAGGAGCUCUGAGGCGGGAGGCCACCACCCGGCCUUCGCUCCUUCCCUGCAGGCCAUGGCCCUGCUCGCCUCUCUCCCUCUACUCGGCUCCCAGCUGCCCGUGUGACCAAGAUGACUCAGCCAGGGCCCUCCCCGUGGACACAGAAACCCUGAUGGCCUCACUAGGGCUGUGAGUCAGGGUCAGCGCACGGCCCUCAUGCCCGAGGGUAACGUGGUCUCAGGCCUCCCUCUGAGCUGCCCAGCUGUGAUCCCAGUGAGCUGUGCCGUGCUUACACCGCUUCUGGGCCUGUCCCGCUGUCCCCAUCUAGCCUCUUCCUGGGACCAGCCCUCUGAAGCUGAUGGGGACAGAGAGAGGAGCCAGUCCCCAGACCCCGCGGCUCCAGGAGGUCACAGAGCAGGUUUCUGCGCCAUGCACAACGACGUUGCGGCUUGUGGGGCCAAGGCCCCUGCAUGAAAAGUACAGCGUGAAAGCAACCGUUUCUUCCCCACACCCAGAGAGGUGAGGCCCGCGUGGACACAGACCGGGGCGCCUCGGUCCCUGGCGCGUGAGCUCCAAAAAGCACGAACAUGAUCCUCCCCAACCCCCUCCUCCCAAACAGCUGCCAGGAGCACUUUCUUAGAGUUUAAAUUAUUUUCUUGGGGGCCUGAGGAUAGAGAGAGGCAAGGCCAGCCUCCAGAGCCAAUUUAUUUGAGAGAGAAACUCUAUUUGUACCUCCGGGACGGUUUAUAUGAUCUUUUUCUAUCAGCUCCUCUUCCACCAGAGGCCACUGCACCUGGGCUGGGGGUCCACAGGCCCCUCCACCUUCCAGCUAACCAGGUCAGGCCGGGGCGGUGGAGCCACCACACAGCUGACUCUCUCCUCCUCCCAGCACGACCUGGCCCUGACCAGCAGCCUCGGCUUCUUCUGGGCUCCAGGAGGGGCUCCCGAAGCCCUCAGUACAGGGCUGGAGGAGAACAGCCUUCAUCUCCUCCUCUGGUUUUUUUUUCCUUUGCAAGUCUCCCAGCCCAUCUCUCCAAGCAGCAACCACCAGACCCCCUCACCGUGCUCCCUGGGGAACACUGUGCCCCGCGAACCCCACUGGACGCUGGUUCUCUAAAGGCAAUAAGGGGCGGCCACGCCGGUGUGGUACCAUGCUGUUCACCCAGGAAACCGUUUCUUUUUUUCCUUCUUUAAAAACAAACAGAAAAAGAUAUAUAUAUAUAUAUAUUUAUUUUUUCAUGUAGAGUUGGCGCCAGAACAAGCCUAUAUGGCCACAGUCUGUGGAUUCACCCCCCAACCUCAAGCUGAGGACCAAGGCGUGUCCCCCGUGGGCUGGGGGUCAGUGGGAGGACCAGAGGAAGGAAGUCAGGGCAGGCGGGCAGGCCGGUGCCCUUUUUGGGAGGCACCAGGCGGGGAGGAGUUGGCAGAGCAGGUCUGGCCGUGAGCCAGCACCAGGUAACCCGGCCCUUGUCCAGGGACCCCUGCCACCUUCUUUCUGGGGUCAGGAACCUCAGGGAAGGGGGCUCCGGGGACUGCGUAGGAUGCAGGCACUCAGGGAGGUGCCGGUGUGGAUGGGUGGGGGUGAGAGAAGAGGGUUCUCAUCGCGUCUCCUGUGAUCAGCCUCUGGCCCCCUGGAGGAGGAACCCUCAGCGCUGCCCCUGCCCCCACCCUCACCCCCCACACCGAGAGUGAGGUGGGCGUGCCCCAGGCAGCGUCCUCAGCCCUGGCCAGCUACUGUGAUGCCAUCUUCUCCCCCAUCCCCUUCUCUGGGGGGCCCUCCCGUCCCCCACCCCCACUUCUUAGACCCUAAUCGGGCCCCUUUUGUUUUCUUCAGUUGUCUCCUCCCAUCUUCAGAUCAUUCGAAUCAUUUUAGGGACUUAAUCAUGUACAUGGACAAGUGUAAAUUAUGAUUUUUGGUUUUGUUUUGUGUUAUUUUUUAAGGAUUUCUGCAAAAACAGAUCUAUUUAAUUUGAGGUUGGUGUUCUAUCCGAUGGCUGAAGAUAGCAGCAGGUUUUGUUUCUUUUUUUUCAUAUGUUGAUUUUUUCAUUUGGAUUUUUUAUUAUUAUUCUUUAUUGUCUUUUUUUCUUCCCCCAUCCCUGUCUUGAGAUUUUCUGGCAUGUUUCUGGAGGUUUCAAAGGAAAUAAAUGUUUCAUAGAAAU